AGCUGUAAGCAAUUCCGUCUAAAAAAUUCAGCGGUGAGACAGAAUUAUACUUUUUGACUCCAUUUGUCCCCCAUCGGCAAACAGGUUGCGCAAAAGACAAAUUUAAGGAAUCGAUAGACUUGGCGGGCGAUUGCUAUGUACAGCGAACUUUCGAAGCGUUGUUCAACACUCUUCGUUGAUGAUUUUCAAUAUUCUUCUUGCUGCAAUUCGGCCUGGCGACUUAUAAACACACUCGUAUCUUCUGUUAAAAGUCCAAUUUCGUGGACAUCUUUAUGUUGUGAGAAGUGAAAAUUGUGAGUAGAAGGACAACAGGUAAUUUUCCAAUGCCCCGUAGGCAGAGGCACCGCGUCGGGAAAGAGGUCACAGCAAGCAAUUCGAGCAGAGCAGCAGCGAGUGGGCGACAGGGACCUCAACAUCGAUUUUUUUGCACCCUUUUUUGUGCAUAAUUCGCAUCGCAUUUUAGCACACAAAGGAGACGGCGCAGGCAGCAGGAAGCACGCAACGCAACCCAAAGAGUUAGCAGAAUUGAGUUCGGGGCGGGUGUGUAGGAUUAUUGUGUGCCGUUUAAACAGUCGUUUCGUAGGAUGAGCGGCAGUGGGGAGAAGGAACGCGAACAGCAACGGCAAACUUCGCCUUUGCCGUCGCCUUCGCCGUUGCCAGGCGUCUCAAGCGCAUCGACCUCGGCCUCGACGGGGCCCGGUGGGCGGGCCACACCGGAGAUGAAGCGCUCGACUGUGCGCAGCCUCAUUCAGCGGUAUUUCCACCAGUUGCAGUCCGGAUGCGGCAAUGUGGCCUGCACCAAUGCCAACUGCGCUUCCAGUGGAAAGGUGGCACCGAUGACGCCCAACCAGGUGGCGGCACGCGCCCUCCAGCUAUUCUCACAGGACGCCCAGCUAUGCGAGAAUCCUGGGCAAGCGACGGAACCGACGGUCGCUCCAGUCGCCAUCAGCCCUCUUGAUAUCGACAUGCUUUCCCCCAACGACAGCAGCAGCAGUAGCAGCAGCAGCAGCAGUAGCAACAGCUCCACCAGCACCAUCACCUCCGCGAGUACCACAACAACAACCAGCACCCAGUCGCAAAGCGCACCGGGUCCAAAAUCGGUUUCAGUUCCCGGUCCAAGUCCAAGCCCCAUAGCGAGGCCAUCGCCACGAGUGUUGCAGCCCGAACUGGUGGCCCCGGCGCCUGCACCUGCACCCGCCCCCUCCGCCUCCUCGUCUGGAGCGUGCACAACAAAUCUUUCUGCAGUCAAAUCGCUGGAGGCCAGCUGUCUUAUAUCCCUGUACGAGGAGUGUGUGAAGAAGGACAGCUAUGACAAGCUCUACCAGGCCGUCGGGGAUGUCUUUUCUUGCGUGGAACGGCUGAGCAGAAGCUUUGUGCGUACUCCGGACACGGAAGAGGAGGAGGAGGAGGAGCCACCGGCAGCUAGCAUGCCGAUCUUCCCGGCCAAGCCUCCCGAGCCCCUAAACAAGGAGCAGCUGCGCACACUGGAGGGGGAGCACGACAAGGACGAGGACAGCACUCAGCAGGCAGCCGCAGUGGAGGCCGCGGCAGGUACGGACACAGAAGCCGUAGCGGGGCCAGACGGGGAUGAUGAUGAUGAUGCUGGGCCGGAGGAUGUCGAUGAUGAGGAUGUGCCCAUGGAGCCGGCACCCAAAUGCGAGUCCAAGGCACAGCUGGAGGAUCCAUCGAUGAGCAGCGACACUCUGGUAGACUUUGAUGGACUGCGACGCGUGCAGCGGCUGCUGUUUGCCUCCAAGUCUCGAACUGUCACCGACAAGCUCACCAGCAGCGUCAUCCAGCUGGCGGACUGGAUCCACUACAUGAGGCGCUACACCCCAGACUGGGAGAAGGUCGUUCACUGUCUGGUCAUCUGCUUUGACCUGGCCACCAACACCAACAAUAUGGACUAUCUGGAUCGGGUGCUGCCCAAACUGUGUCUCGCAGCUGCCUCCAUGUCCGUCAAGGCGCAGGCGCGUUUGGCACGGAUAUGGGCGGCGCAUUGCUCUGACCAGCUGCACACGCUGGUCGCCUCCUGCCAGCAGCAGAUCACACUGCAGGUUCUGCUGGACGAGGAGUCGGUGCGCGAGAACGAGCACAUCAUUUGCGUGACCAAAGUUCUGAAGAUUGUGUUUUAUGCCAACAUUCUGGCCAGCGAACUGGAGCGUCCCUCCUGUCGGGUGUCGGCGGAAGAACUGGCGGAGAGUGCUGCGAGCACUUCGGCGGAUGGUGCGCCACCCGAGGAAGAUCUGUUCCUGUACAAUCAGGUGAUGCAUCCCCAUAUGCCCAAGUUCGCCGAGGAUCAGAUGGAGAAGGCGCUGAAGGUGUCGGCCAUCGAUUGCCGCAAGCCGCUGGUCCCGCUUGAGGAGUUCUACAACGAGGCGCUCAGCGAGAACAUUCAGAUGAAUCACGACUACCUCUCGUACAAGUCGCUGGCCAUGGAGAGCGAGGUGGGCUCCAGCCACAACAACUACUUCUCCUUCAUGCUGUACGCGUUCAUUCUGACGCCCGCCACCAAGGUGGAUGCCCUGUACUACGACAGCCGGAUGCGCAUGUACAGCGAGCGCUACUCCACGCUCUAUUCGAUUAUCAACAACUUUGGCCAGGACGGGCAGGAUGCCACGCACCGGCCCGAUCUCAAGUUGACGGUGCGACGCGAUCAGCUGAUCAACGAUGCGCUCGUCGGGCUGGAACUGGUGGCCAUGAGCAAUCCAAAGGAUCUCAAGAAGCAGCUGGUCGUCGAGUUUGUCGGCGAGCAGGGCAUCGACGAGGGCGGCGUAUCCAAAGAGUUCUUUCAACUGAUCGUUGAGGAGAUAUUCAAUCCGGCCUUUGGCAUGUUUGUCCAGCAGGAGGAGACCAACAACAUGUGGUUCAAUGCCACACCCUUCGAGAAUGGGGCGCAAUUCACGCUGAUUGGGAUCAUCAUCGGAUUGGCCAUCUACAACAACGUCAUCCUGGCUGUGAACUUCCCCAUGGUGGUCUAUCGCAAGCUGUUGGGCUAUCGCGGCACCUUCUGCGAUCUGCGCGACUACAGUCCCACGCUGCACACCAGCCUCAAGUCGAUGCUCGACUUUGAGGGCCAGAACAUGGAGGAGGUCUUUGAUCAGACGUUCAAGAUCAGCUACAGCAAUGUGUUUGGCGAGAUGGUCGAGCACGAACUGGUGCCGCAUGGCCAGGAGGUGCUCGUGGGGCAGCACAACAAGCAGCUGUUUGUGGAUCUGUACGCCGACUUUCUGCUCAACAAGAAUAUCCAGCAGCAGUUCAACUCCUUCCGCAAAGGCUUCGAGAUGGUCACCGAUGAGUCGCCGCUGAAGCUGCUCUUCCGUCCCGAGGAGAUCGAGAUGCUGGUCUGCGGCAGUCGCGAAUUCGACUUUGUGGAGCUGGAGCAUUCCACGGAGUACGAGGGCGGCUACACGGAGGAGACGCAGAUAAUACAGGACUUUUGGAAAAUUGUGCACGCCAUGCCGAACGAGUCGAAGCGCAAGCUGCUCGAAUUCACCACUGGAUCGGCCCGGGUGCCCGUCGGUGGGCUCAAGUGCCUGAGGCUGUUGAUCACGCGGCACGGGCCGGACAGCGACCGGCUGCCCACUUCGCACACCUGCUUCAAUGUGCUGCUGCUGCCGGAGUACAGCAGCAAGGAGAAGCUGGAGGAGCGCCUGAUGAAGGCAAUCAACUACUCGAAGGGCUUCGGCAUGCUGUAGGCAGUGGGACCCGAGUCUGGGCCCCAAUUGCAUCGUAACUGAUACCACCUCUCUAGGAACGAAGGAACGACGACGACGACGAUGAUUAUUUUGGGUUUUUGUUUAUCUUUUUGUUGGGUUAUGCCAUUUAUUUUUGAUACAACCUGUUCAAAUGAGACAAUAUACCAUACAUAUAUGCUCAAUUUCUGGCGCGAUGGCAAGCAAAAAUAAUAAUGAACGGACACGACUCUCACGGUAAACACUCGAGAAACUAAUCCCUAACAUUCUGUUCUUUUGUCGCUCAGUAAAUUGUAAAUAUAUAUAUAUAUAUAUAUUCUAAUAUAUGUACUAUAUGU